GCAUGUUCCAACUACAACCAAAAAUUAGCGCCCAUCAUGUCGCAGUCUGAAGAGGAGGACGACUACAUGAGUAUGGUAUUCGAUGACGCCCCGAAGGCUGGAAAAGAGACAUCCCUGCAGCGUCGGGCGCGCAUGCAAAAAGAGGGUGAAGCAAAAGCACGUGCAAAGACCAGAGCUGAGAAAGAAGCGGAAACAGAAGCAGCCCGAGAAGCCGGAUUGGCUACGGCGUUAGACUCGUCCAGUAAAGGUUUCAAGAUGAUGGCCAAGUUUGGUUUUAGACAAGGUGAUACCCUUGGAAAAGCCGAGGAUGCACGGAAGGAACCAAUCCAUUUAAGCAUGAAAGAUGAUAGAAGCGGCCUCGGUCUAGAAUCUGAGAGGAAAAGGAAACUUAGAGAGCUGGUGGAGGAGGCUGAGAAGGAGGUCAAGCGAUCCAAGAUAGAGCAGGUCGAUUAUCGGGAGCGGGUUAGGCAGGAAAACGAGGAGAAGAGACUGGGGGUUGAGUUGUAUAACGCCCAGAAGACUGCUGAGAGGCUGGUUGAAGAGGAUGAUCAAAGCGCACGUGAAGGCCAGGAGUGGACACCUACUAGCGAAUACAAGAGCCGUCAAACAAUUUCCGGCAAGAGGUCACUCCAAAGCAUCAACAUCCUUUGGCGUAGGCUGGUCCGAAAUCGGCUCGAGAAAGAGCGAGACCGAAAGCGACGCCAGCAUUUCAAUGAUAGUCUUUCAAGUACACUACCAACGUACAUCAGCGCGGACGAGGAUGAGGAUGCCGACGAUAAACUAGCGCUUGGUCACGACGUAACCGCCAUUGAAGACGACCUUGAAGAUCUUAGCGACGAAGAUCUAGAGCUUGAGGAGUUUGAGGCGCAGCCACUGGCAGAACGUCUCCAGAAAGUAGUAGUCUAUUUGCGCGAGGCCCAUCACUACUGCUUCUGGUGUAAAUACCGCUAUUCAAGCGCAACAUUGGAUGGCUGUCCCGGGAUUACUGAGAAAGAUCAUGAUUAACAUUCUGAGACCUCCUGAGGGGCAUUUUCUUUGAGACUCCCUAAAAAGAAAAGCGCUUGGAGUAAGUUGAAUGUCGGUUUGUCAUCAACGUUACCUCAUUGGUAAGAGUUUCGACUCGUCUGAUUCUCGCGCUAGAUGAUAUCCAGCCGCUAUCUCUCUAGAGCCGUGAUACGAGACUCACUUGCUCCAAGGUAUUUCUGCUGGGGGUGGAUCUUAACUCGGGAGCAGU